AGCCUCACACACCUUCAAAACUCAAGAGCCCAAUUCAAUUCAGGCGCAUAUAUAUCUCAAAAUUCCAUCGAUUUCCUCUAGCUCAAAACCUAAAGCAAAACGAAAAGAAGAUCAGACUUCGGAGCUACAAAACCCAUCGCUCUUUCUCUCCACUCUCAGUCACAGGAGCUCGCUACGCGGAGGGAGGGAGAGACACGUGCCACUUGCUCGUAGCCGUUGCAGCUCAGCUCAGCUCAAAUCAAAAUCUUCGAUGGCAAGCGCUUGGACAAAUAUGAGCAUUGCAAUCAUACAUAGGGAUAUAGAGAGGGAGUGGGAGAAUCAGGGUGGAGUUAUGGGUAUUAUUUUUUAUAAUUGGACUAUUGGAGAUUCUUGCUCACUCUCAGAAGAUCUCUACAUGUGCUAAAAUUCUGGAGAGGAUGAGGAGAUCAAAUUUUAUUUCAAUAUUAUUAUAGCAUUGGAGCAUCUUGGAGCAAAUGAGCAAUGGAGCUUGUGGAGCACGGCUCACCUCGAGGAUUGCUCUCUUGUGUAUAAUCUUCUCUAUACAAUCUUCGAGUGCCAAAUAUGAGUGGUCGUUUUUCUCGCACAAUCUAUGUAGGCAACCUGCCCUCAGAUAUAAGAGAAUGGGAAGUUGAAGAUCUAUUUCACAAGUAUGGCCGUAUAUUAGACAUUGAAUUGAAGAUUCCACCCCGCCCUCCAUGUUAUUGUUUCGUGGAGUUUGAUAAUGCCCGGGAUGCAGAAGAUGCAAUCAAGGGUCGUGAUGGCUAUAACUUUGAUGGUUGUCGUUUAAGGGUUGAACUUGCCCAUGGUGGUAGGGGUCCAUCUUCAAGCGAUCGUCGAGGUAGCUAUGGUGGUGGUGGUGGUGGUGGUGGUGGUGGUGGUAGGAGUGGUGAUGGGGGAGGGGGCGGUGGGAGCCGAUUUGGUAUCUCACGCCAUUCUGAAUAUCGAGUUGUUGUUCGUGGGCUCCCUUCUUCUGCUUCCUGGCAAGAUUUGAAGGAUCAUAUGCGAAAAGCUGGUGAUGUAUGUUUUGCUGAGGUGUCCCGUGAUGGUGAAGGGACUUUUGGCGUUGUGGAUUACACAAAUUAUGAUGACAUGAAAUAUGCUAUUCGGAAACUCGAUGACACUGAAUUCAGAAAUCCUUGGGCAAGAGCCUAUAUUCGGGUGAAGAAAUAUGAGGGCAGUCCCCCAAGAAGUCGUAGUAGAAGUCGAAGUCGAAGUCGCAGUCGCAGUCGCAGUCGCAGCCACAGUCGAAAUCGCAGCCGCAGCCGCAGCCGUAGCCGAAGCCGUAGCAGAAGUGUAAGAAGGGACCGGAGUGUAUCAUUGGAGCGGUCUAUUUCUAGGUCGGUAUCAAGAUCCAGAUCUGCAUCUCCUGUCAAACCUUCCAGGCCAAGAUCAAGAUCUAGGUCAGGAUCUCCCCGCCAGGCACGGUCUGGUAGUGGCUGAUUUCUAUGCAAGUAAUGUCCAAAGUACUCCAGAAACUGGUAGAGUUUGAGGGGAAAGCUUUAAAUCGAUUUUUGAGUGCACUUAUUUGAUGGCUUGUCUUGAUCUAAAUUAGCUAUGGUUUGCAUGGCUUGAUACUUAUCUAAGUAUGUAGUAUUGUAGUAUUGCAAACCAGUUAUUUUGCGGUUUUCUUUUUAUUUGAGCUACAAUCUGCAAGAUAUGUGUACGUUUUGUUUUUUAAGUAAUAAUUGAGGCUACUAUCAUGGA